GUGGCAGCUAGAGUUCCAGAUCUCAUCUCGCAUCCUGGAUGCGCCACGUGUUCUCCUUUCUCCGUAGGUGGAUGUCAUAGAAAGAACAUUUCAAAUUUGCUUAUUGAAACCCAAAAUUCGGAGGAAAAUGGCUUCUUCAAGUGGCUUAACCAUACAAUCAAGCUUCGUCUCAGCGAGAGCAAGGCUCGAAUCCGUCUCCAAGCCGAGUAUCUCCGUAUUCGCUUGUCGCUCUCUUUCAAAACCCAGAAACUUGAAUCUCUCUGUUCGUUGUUCCAUGGGUUCUUCUAAUUCUUCUCAGAAAUCGGACAACGUCCAAGAAGCUGAGAAGAGUGACUUUGCUUCACUAAGUGAAGAUGAAUGGAAGAAACGGCUUACACCAGAACAGUAUUACAUCACCAGACAGAAAGGAACAGAGAGAGCUUUCACUGGGGAGUACUGGAACACAAAGACCCCAGGAGUGUACAAAUGCGUAUGUUGCGACACGCCUCUAUUUGACUCAUCAACAAAGUUUGAGAGCGGGACCGGGUGGCCAUCGUAUUACAAACCUAUUGGAAACAAUGUGAAGACAAAGCUAGACCUCUCUAUCAUCUUCAUGCCUAGACAAGAAGUUCUUUGUGCUGUUUGUAACGCCCAUCUUGGCCAUGUAUUUGAUGAUGGUCCACGCCCUACCGGAAAACGAUAUUGCCUCAACAGUGCUGCUCUGAAACUUGAGGCAUUGGAGAGAACAAGAGAUUGAGAGUCUGUGGAACAAGGAUUGUUCAUAUUUUAUACAAAAUUUCAUUGUACUAAUUCGUCAUAAAUCAUUGUAUGUCAACUGUAAUAACAUGUAAUACACAGAAGAACAAAAAGGUAUAAACUUUGAGUUGAUUCCACGAUCAUCUAGACAGCUCA